AUGGCCGGGAGCGGAGCGCGGCUGCGCUGCGGCCCCCCCCCGUCCCUGCUCCUCCUCACCUGGCUCUGCCCGCCGCUGCUCAGCCAGCACGCGGCCACACUCGCGGUGGUAUCUGAACCUUCUUUUAUUGCUAAAAGUGAAGAUCGUUUGUUUAAGCAUUUAUUUGAAGACUAUCAAAGAUGGGUUCGUCCAGUGGAACGCUUGAAUGACACAAUAAAAAUCAAGUUUGGCCUUGCCAUCUCUCAGCUAGUAGAUGUGGAUGAGAAAAAUCAAUUGAUGACAACAAAUGUAUGGUUGAAACAGGAAUGGAUGGAUGUAAAACUAAGGUGGAAUCCUGAAGACUAUGCUGGAAUAACAUCCAUCCGUGUCCCAUCAGAUUCUAUUUGGAUUCCAGAUAUUGUGCUGUAUGACAAUGCAGAUGGACGUUUUGAGGGAACAUCUACAAAAACCGUGGUAAAAUAUGAUGGCACCAUUGCUUGGACUCCACCAGCAAACUACAAAAGCUCUUGUACUAUUGAUGUAACAUUCUUCCCUUUUGACCUUCAAAACUGCUCAAUGAAAUUUGGUUCCUGGACUUAUGAUGGCUCACAGGUUGAUCUAAUUCUUGAAGAUUAUGAUGUUGACAAAAGAGAUUUUUUUGAUAAUGGAGAAUGGGAAAUAGUGACUGCAACAGGAAGCAAAGGAAACAGAACUGAUGGAUGCUGCUGGUAUCCUUUUGUUACAUACUCAUUUAUAAUUAGACGUUUGCCACUUUUUUACACUUUGUUUCUCAUUAUUCCUUGUAUUGGGCUUUCAUUUCUAACUGUCCUUGUCUUCUAUCUUCCUUCAAAUGAAGGUGAAAAAAUUUCACUCUGCACUUCAGUACUGGUAUCUUUGACUGUUUUUCUUCUUGUUAUUGAAGAAAUUAUUCCAUCAUCCUCUAAAGUUAUCCCACUUAUAGGAGAGUACUUGGUGUUCACGAUGAUAUUUGUGACCUUGUCCAUCGUGAUCACCGUCUUUGCUAUCAAUAUCCACCACCGCUCCUCGUCCACACACAAUGCCAUGGCACCCUGGGUUCGCAAGAUAUUCCUGCACAAGCUGCCCAAGCUUCUGUGCAUGAGAAGCCAUGUCGAUAGGUACUUUGCUCAGAAGGAUGAGACAGCAAAUAUGAACGGAUCAGAGUCAUCCAGGAACACCUUGGAAGCAGCUCUGGACUCCAUCCGCUACAUCACGAGACAUGUAAUGAAGGAGAAUGAGGUUCGCGAGGUUGUUGAAGACUGGAAAUACAUUGCUCAAGUGCUUGAUCGAAUGUUCUUAUGGGCUUUUCUUCUGGUUUCAAUAAUUGGAUCACUUGUGUUAUUUAUUCCUGUUAUCCAUAAAUGGGCAAGUAUAAUAGUACCUACCCAUAUAGGCAGUACAAAUGCAUAA